UGCCGGAGACCUGGGGAUGGCGGCGGCGGCAGCGGCUGCGCGAGCCGGUGGGCUGCUGCGACUGGGGGCUGCGGGAGCGGAGCGGCGGUGGGGCGGACUGCGCUGCGCUGGGCGGGUGCAAGGCUUCCUGCAACCCGGGGGCGAGGACGCGGCCCAGAAGCGGCGGGUGGCCCACUUCACUUUCCAGCCGGACCCAGAGUCCCUGCAGUAUGGGCAAACUCAGAAAAUGAACCUCUUCCAGUCAAUAACAAGUGCCUUGGAUAACUCACUGGCGAAAGACCCCACUGCAGUAAUAUUUGGUGAAGACGUCGCUUUUGGUGGGGUCUUCCGAUGCACUGUUGGUUUGCGGGACAAAUACGGGAAAGAUAGAGUGUUUAACACCCCAUUGUGUGAACAAGGAAUUGUUGGGUUUGGGAUUGGAAUCGCGGUAACCGGUGCUACGGCCAUUGCGGAAAUCCAGUUUGCCGACUAUAUUUUCCCUGCCUUUGAUCAGAUUGUCAACGAGGCUGCCAAGUAUCGCUACCGCUCUGGCGAUCUUUUCAACUGUGGGAGCCUCACCAUCCGGGCGCCAUGGGGCUGCGUGGGCCACGGGGCUCUCUACCAUUCUCAGAGUCCUGAAGCUUUUUUUGCCCAUUGCCCAGGAAUCAAGGUGGUUAUACCCAGGAGCCCGUUCCAGGCCAAGGGACUUCUGUUGUCAUGCAUAGAAGAUAAAAAUCCAUGUAUAUUUUUUGAACCUAAAAUACUUUACAGGGCAGCAGUGGAGCAGGUCCCAGUAGAACCCUACAAGAUCCCCCUGUCUCAGGCUGAAGUCAUCCAGGAGGGCAGUGAUGUAACUCUGGUUGCCUGGGGCACUCAGGUUCAUGUCAUCCGGGAGGUGGCUUCCAUGGCCCAAGAAAAGCUCGGAGUGUCUUGUGAAAUCAUUGACCUGCGGACGAUUGUGCCUUGGGAUGUGGAUACAGUUUGCAAGUCUGUGACCAAAACGGGGAGACUGCUCAUCAGCCACGAGGCCCCCUUGACAGGCGGCUUUGCGUCCGAGAUCAGCUCCACAGUUCAGGAAGAAUGUUUCUUGAACCUAGAGGCUCCAAUAUCUAGAGUAUGUGGCUAUGACACCCCAUUUCCUCACAUUUUUGAGCCAUUUUAUAUCCCAGACAAAUGGAAGUGCUACGAUGCCCUUCGCAAGAUGAUCAACUAUUGAUGGCAGAGGUUUUUAAUAUAGAAGUUGCCAGCACUGAUACCCUGCCUUUAAAGUGUUCCAAAAUGAGGAGAUGAGAUUGGAGGCCUUUAUAUUUUAAUAUCUGAAUUGUCCAGAAAGUAAUAAUAAUGCGUUGUGAGGAACCAAGAUUUGUUCAGAAGAUAAAAGGAGAACAAACUCAGCAUGGUGCCAACGACCUGUUCCAAUACAGAACAUUGUAAUUCUUAAAUUCUGCAAAUGGGUUAUGGAAUCAGCCUGUAGAAAAUCAGAGAAAGCGUUUAUGCAAGUUAUGGCCCCUUCUGCCGCUAUAUUCCCACAAUCCCCACAGUUCGAGAGCUGUGUUUUGAGAAUGUUAUUGCAGUUAGGGAUGUCAGUUAGGGGUGCUGGCCACAAGCCUGCAGGUACAGAGACUGUAUUUCUGGUGCCUCUUAGUGCCUGGGAACGUAAUGGAUUUCUGUAGUCAGUGGCCCUGAGGGCCGAUUGGAGAUCCUCCUCCCUCUUUGGGGAGUCUCCCCAUGAUGGUCUGUGUGCUGAAGAGUAAAGGAAAUGUGGCCAGCAUGCCUUGCUGCUAAUGUGAAAACACUUCAAAAUAUUUAAAAUGAAUCUUUAAAUUUGGGUGUGUGUUUUAUUUUAAAUGUAAUCAAGCAAUGUGAUAAAAGAGUAAGAAAGCUCUUCUGUGGUGAAAAUUAAAUGUUACUGAAGAAAGUAAGCGUGCAUGGAACCAAGAAUGCUCAUAACUAUUACUGAUUUCUUUUACAGAAAACCAGGAAGAUUAUGACUAGAUACGGAAAUAUUUUUCUGAAACUUUUUUUUAUAUUUCCUUACACUACUUUCAUCUUAAAUGUCGUUUUAUGAAAUGAACUAUCGUGGAUAUUGGCUGGCAAGCUGCGAAUUACUUACUGUAUUAAUGUAAGUGGAUUAGUAGAUGGAGUGCACUGGAGUCGCGCUUUAAGGAACGCCAUGGGUGGUGUGGUCUUAUGACUGUUCCACGACUAUAAAUACCAGUGGUGUUGUACUCAAUAAAGCAAAAUCACAUCGCCUUCA